CUCAGAGCAGUGUGAGACACAGAGACAGAGGCACACGUUCUCUCUCUCUCUCUCUCUCUCUCUCUCUCUCUCAGUUUCUCUUUCACGCACGCACACACAUGCUCAUGCGCGCUGAUUGCAACUUUCCUCAAUCGGACUGACAUAACACACACGCCGGGAUAGACACUCCCCUUGCAACAGUGAAGAAGAGGAUAAAGAGUGACUGAUCAGGAAAAAAGAAAUACAGAAAGAGGAGGCUUCCUGGUGAAGAGGAGGAUCGUGCUGAUAUUUCCUCCUGUCAAAGAUGGCAAACCUUGUGACAUCGUUGUGCUGUGUAGUUCUGGCCGCGGUGGUGGUAGCCUAUGCUCAGAGACGCAGUCAGCUUGUUGCUAGGAACCAGUAUGAGCGGAUAGGCAGUGAUGUCACCAUGCAGUGCGGUUCCCUGGACAAUGACGCAUCAGUGUCAUGGAAGGUGAAUGGGACAGAUGUGAAGGCCCAGCACCGUCUAGAGGGUCCCAGAUUGACACUGAACGAGGUGGAUCUGGGCCACAACGGACUCUACAGCUGCUUUCAGAACCCGCACGGAGAGAGACGUGACACCAUCUACCUCCACAUCGGCACUCCUCCUCUGGGACUUCCUGUUUAA